GACGAUGAAGAGGAUGAAGAGGAAGAGGAGGAAGAGGAGGAAGAGGAGGAAGAGGAGGAAGAGGAGGUGGAAGAAGAAAAUCUGGAGGAUUUCGAGGUCCAUGGUGGUCCAUUGCAGACCUCGGAAGCGAUUGCAACAGCAAAGGCCUCUGCAGCAGCAGAAGCUAUGGCACAUGCGCGGAAGGAACUCUUGCUUGAGCGAGCAAAGUGGCAAGAGGAGAAGAAACAGCUGGAGGAAAAAUUGAAGGAAGCGAAACGGGCGAGCCUUUCACAAGAGACAGGCAUCAUGGGCUUGGACCUGUUCGAAGUUGGCCCAUGGUUAGCGCAGCAGCUGCCCAAGAGUGCCGCAAAUGCACGUCCUGGCCAUCAGGGGCCUGAGAUUCUUCUAGAUGAACUUCUAUGGCCACUGCUUGGGGCAGAAGUCCUGACAACCGUCACGGAGGACUACACUCUCAACUUUGGCAUCUUUGUUGGAGCGAAGGAUAGCAGGCGGGGCAUCCUGCGGCUGUCGGAGUUGCGCCUCUGUCCGCAGGCUUUUGUGUGGCAUCCAAAUCAGGCUUGCGAAAGCCAAGCAGCUUUGCAAGAGGACUUGUGUCGAGCUGAAGAUCAGUUCCUGUCGGACACAUUUCUUCCUUGGGCUGAGAAGCAGGAAGCUGCCAAAGUCGCAUGGCUCCUCUGCAACCAUGGCGAGGCAUUUUCCCUCAGCCGUGCCCUCCUGGCGUUUGGCCAGGCCGCUACAACGGAGUCAAGGUGGCGCUCAAUUGCCUUUGUGCUGGACCGCACCAAAGGGUCUACCACAGAGCCUGCAGUGGAGGCAUUAGCACUUGCAGAGGGCCGCCGGAUGGUCUUCGACGUUUCGUGAGAUUCGGCCAACAUUUAGAAGUGAAAAGACUUCUGGUCUCUCUACCUGGGGUGACUUCUCAGACUUUGGUGACUUUGUCCGGGCAACAUCUCUCCUCGUCUCUGCGUCGG